UCUUCUCCUCGUUAAUGCAGAGGAAUCCAACGCUCACAAUCGUCGCCUGGAGAGAGACACACACGUUGAGAGAGUGGGAUGGCGUGGUCGAACCGUUAUUGCUGUUCUUCUUCCCGUUCCCUUCACAGCGAGAUCAGGAGCAGAGAGAUCAAUGGUUUCAGAGUGCGGAAGAGGCCGUAUGUGCAGGGGGGAGAAUCGGAUUCUGGUGGCAGAGGUGCAGGGAUAUUGGCAAUCGACCACGACGAUGCGCCCAGUCCGCCCCUAGCCCUUUCCUUUGGCAAGACUCUGAGAAGUGGGCACCUCCUUGCUGUGGCUGAUGAAGAUGGAUUCAUCGCUUUGUAUGAUACUCGGCGUCCGCUUCCUUCAUCCCGCUUUCCCAGUGAACAACCAGUUGAAGCAAAGGUGUCCGAGUGGUUGGCUCAUUCUAGUGCUGUUUUCAAUACUUGCUGGGCAAAGGAGGAUUCUGUGCUCAUGACAGCUUCAGGAGAUCAAACGAUAAGGGCAUGGAAUGUGGAGACAACGCAACUUCUUGAUGUAAUGUGGGGCCAUUCGGGCAGUAUAAAGACGCUGUGCUCGCACCCACUGAAUCCUGACCUUCUGGUAUCUGGUUCAAGAGAUGGAUGCGUUGUGCUUUGGGACAGACGUUGUAACUCAAUUUCGAGAAAAGUCCUCGGCAAACCCUGUUUGCUGCCAAUUGCCGUGAUCCACAAUGCGCAUCCUCCUAAAGACUACCAUACAAGGCCAACUGUCAUGUUCAAUAAUCCAAAUACUUGCACCACAAGAAAAUCUAGCAAGCAAGCCAAGACAGUAUCCAAAAGCAUAACGUCGGUUCUUUAUCUUAAAGAUGGAUUAUCAAUCGCUAGCGGAGGGGCUGUGGACAGUGUCAUAAAAUUCUGGGAUUCUCGUAAUCUGAAGACCAACACAGCUCAAGCUCAACCCCAUAUCGAGACAUAUAGCGUAAAGAAGAAAAGAGCGCAUGGAGUUACGUGCUUGUCUCAAGUCCUAGAUGGCAGCUCUCUUGCGGCUUCCUGCAUGGAUAGUAGGAUUUACUUGUACAAUGUGGUUCAACCAGAUAAAGGACCAGUAAAAACUUUUUCAGGCCACCUGAUAGAGUCGUUCUAUGUAAAGUCUGCUAUAAGUCAUGACGGUGCUCACUUGCUCAGCGGUUCCACAGAUGGUCAUGCCUAUGUGUGGCAGGUGGAUGAGCCUGAGGCUGCACCUGUGAUGCUGGAAGGCCACGAAGCAGAAGUCACGGCUGUAGAUUGGUGUCCCUCGGAGAUUGGGAAAAUUGCUACUGCUGCUGAUGAUUACACGGUUCGAAUCUGGAGGAGUAAGACUGGCAGUUAUUUGAAUCAUAACUCGGCUUCUGUCACUCGAACAGAUGCUACAUGUUCUAGCCUUGAAUAUGGACAACUGUGUGGUGAUGUCCCCUCAAAUGAGCAAACAGAAUCACCGCAAACUUCACCUGCCCAUUUCUCUCCACCUGACUCUACCAACCUUCAGGCGUAAACUCCAGAAGCAACAGUAAAGAUGAGCUCUUUUCAAUCUUUUAUGGAAGAGACGGUUGCAGAAGACCUCAGAAGACAAUAUGACGAGCCCGUCCUCUGUUUUGAACCCACCUUCCUCCUUGAAAAGGAGGACCAUUAGAGAUUAUUUUGUUGCCGCUUCCUGAAAAUUGGGCCAUUCGUCCAGUUUCAGAGGAAAGUGGCUCACCUAAAGCGUUCUUUUGCAGGAUACAACUUGACAAGUUUUCUAUUCAGUCUUCACCAGUAAAAGGUGAUGGAUGUUCCAACCAGAGGAUAAGCUCCUUGGUGCCAGAGGGUGAAAAAGUGUUCACCUUUGCUGCCGCAAGCAUUCCUUUACAGGCUACAACUCGACAAUUUUCUGUUCAGUCUUCACGAGGAAAAGGUGAUGGUUAUGUUCCAAGCGGAGGAUAACCUCCUUGGUGCCAGAGGGUGAAGAAAAGGGUAUAUGCGCAUGCAAGCGCAAAAUUCUCACGUGCUGUGGCUGUAGAUGCAGGAAGGCAUGUCAAAUACUGAGGGAGAUAUUGAACAAGAGUAGAGUACUCAAACUAUCACAAUGCUCUAAGAGAGCGUCAGCUCUCUCUUUCAUACACGCGUACAUGCUAUAACUGUGAGAAUAAAUUUAUACAAGUAAAUAUUUUAUAAACAACUAUUUGUUUACCGGAGUCACUUGAAAAUAAGGGUGGGUGUCGGGCCGGGCCGCCGGUGGGCCGGCCCGGCCCGGUUGGGCUCAGGCUUGGGCCAGCAUUUUACGGGCCCCAUAUGCCAGUCCUGAGCCCGUUUAAGUGUAAAAUAUAUAUAUAUAUAUAUUAAUUUUUUUAUUUUAAUAAUAUAUAUUUAUUAUUAACAAAUAUAUUUUAUAUUUAAAAAUGUAUUUUAUGAUUAAAAAUUAUUUUUUAUUUUUAAACGGGCCGGGUGCCCACCCUUCUUGGAAAGCACUUGUCUUUAUAGUUCACCUUAGUGGUUGAUGGCCUUCUCUGUUGGCCGUACUUUCUGUAUCCACCUGGAGAAGCUUUUCUUGAUGCUAUUUUCCGGCUUUGUGACCAUAUUACUUAAAUCAGCAAUUGUUUUCAGAUGAAUGCAAAAAUAAAUUUUUUCAUGAAUGCUUUGGCGUUAUGUAUAAGCCAACAUUUUAUGAUUCAAAGUUGGAAUAGAAAGUUUUAUGAUUCAGCAUGCCUUA